GGCAUCAUGGGAUAAGGGCGGAAUUGCAGCGGUUUCCGGAUUCCCUGGAUUGGCCUGCUUGAAAGAAAGAAAACAAGGGAGGUUGAAACACUCUAGAAUUGGUGUUUUAUCACACGUUUGUAAAAGUUGUAAAGCAGAUCAUCAUGUCACAGACUGGAGAAAAAGGAAAGUUUCCUGAUGCUGCUGGAUAUGUGGGAUUUGCCAACCUGCCCAAUCAGGUGCAUAGGAAAUCUGUGAAGAAAGGAUUUGAGUUUACACUGAUGGUUGUUGGAGAGUCUGGGCUUGGGAAAUCAACACUCAUUAACAGCCUGUUUCUGACUGAUCUCUAUCCAGAGCGCUACAUACCUGGAGCCGCAGAGAAGAUCGAGCGAACGGUUCAGAUUGAAGCAUCUACAGUGGAAAUCGAGGAGCGAGGAGUGAAGCUCCGGCUCACUGUUGUGGACACACCGGGAUACGGAGACGCCAUCAACAGCCAGGACUGCUUUAAGACCAUCAUCCAGUAUAUUGAUAAUCAGUUUGAGCGAUACUUGCAUGACGAGAGCGGCCUGAACCGCAGACACAUCGUGGACAACAGAGUUCACUGCUGCUUUUACUUCAUCUCUCCAUUCGGACACGGCUUGAAGCCUCUGGAUGUGGAGUUCAUGAAGGCGAUUCACAGUAAAGUCAACAUUGUUCCUGUGAUCGCCAAAGCCGACACGCUCACACUGAAAGAGAGAGACCGUCUGAAGAGAAGGAUUUUGGAUGAGAUCAGUGAGCACGGGAUCCGGAUCUACCAGCUUCCCGACGCUGAUUCAGACGAGGAUGAAGAAUUCAAGGAACAGACGCGUGUGCUGAAGGCCAGUAUCCCAUUCGCUGUGAUCGGCUCAAACCAGCUGAUCGAGGUGAAGGGGAAGAAGAUCCGUGGGCGUCUGUACCCGUGGGGUGUGGUGGAGGUGGAGAAUCCCGAACACAACGACUUCCUCAAACUGCGCACUAUGCUUGUGACCCACAUGCAGGACCUGCAGGAGGUCACUCAGGAUCUCCAUUAUGAGAACUUCCGUUCAGAGAGACUAAAGCGAGCCGGCAGGGCGGCUGAUGUGGAAGAUGUGAUGGACAAAGACCAGAUCCUGCUGGAGAAAGAAGCUGAGCUGAGACGCAUGCAGCAGAUGAUCGCUCAAAUGCAGGCUCAGAUGAAAAUGAAACCCGGAGACGACUAAGAGUGUGUGUUUGUGUGUCAUCUAUACGUGAACAGGAAGUGUCAUCUGACCGGAGGUUACAUUUAUCCUGCCCAUUUCUAAACACUAUUUGCUUAUCAUAUCAGAUUGAUGGACAUAAUAGUAAACGUUGACCAAGUCCCUCAUCAUCGCAAACACAUGCUCCAUUGUUUAAUCAAGCCUGUCCAGUCAGGUUAGACUCUAUUAAUAAUUUAUAUCAUGGUUCUAUUGACAAUAUUCAGCAUCUGUUCAUCUGUGGAUUGAUCAGGGUUUGUGAUGUCUUUUCAGUGCCAAACACACUUUUAAAGCUGCUUGACUUGUUUAAGUCAUGUAUUUUGUGUGUGUGUAUG